ACUGGGGAACCCGGCGUGUCCUCCCGCCUGGCCUGCGCCUAAGGGGGCUGCGCUCGGGUUUCAGGGCCGCCGGGGCAGAAUGUCACGAUGGACGAGGGGGGCACGCCCCUGCUCCCCGACAGCCUGGUCUACCAGAUCUUCCUGAGCCUGGGCCCCGCGGACGUGCUGGCCGCGGGGCUGGUGUGCCGGCAAUGGCAGGCCGUGUCCCGCGACGAAUUCCUGUGGCGGGAGCAAUUCUACCGCUACUACCAGGUGGCCCGCGACGUGCCGCGACACCCAGCGGCCACGUCCUGGUACGAGGAGUUCCGGCGGCUGUACGACAGGGUGCCCUGCGUGGAGGUGCAGACGCUCCGGGAGCACACGGACCAGGUCCUGCACCUCAGCUUCUCCCACUCAGGCUACCAGUUUGCGUCCUGCUCCAAGGACUGCACGGUGAAGAUCUGGAGCAACGACCUGACCAUCUCGCUGCUGCACAGCGCAGACAUGCGACCGUACAAUUGGAGCUACACCCAGUUCUCCCAGUUCAACCAGGAUGACUCACUGCUGCUGGCCUCGGGGGUGUUCCUGGGGCCCCACAACUCCUCCUCCGGCGAGAUCGCCGUCAUCAGCCUGGACACCUUUGCGCUGCUGUCGCGCGUGCGCAACAAGCCCUACGACGUGUUCGGCUGCUGGCUCACGGAGACCAGCCUGAUCUCUGGGAACCUGCACCGCAUCGGAGACAUCACCUCCUGCUCGGUGCUCUGGCUCAACAACGCCUUCCAGGAUGUGGAGUCGGAGAAUGUGAAUGUGGUGAAGCGGCUCUUCAAGAUCCAGAACCUCAACGCCAGCACCAUCCGCACGGUGAUGGUGGCCGACUGCAGCCGCUUCGACAGCCCCGACCUCCUGCUGGACGCCGGUGCCCCUGCUGCGCGCCCCUGCCGGGUCUUCGACCUGGGCAGCGACAGUGAGGAUGAGGCAGAGGGCACGGCCCCUGCACGCGCCAAGGAGGGCCUGCGGCGCUUGCUGGACGGCAUCCUGGAUGGGCGCGCGCAGCCCGCACUGUCCGAGCGCACCCUGGAGACCAAGGUGGCGGAGCUGCUGGCCCAGGGCCGCACCAAGCCCCCUGAGCGCAGCACAGCCAGCGCCCAGAGCAAGCUCCUCAUCUUCACCACCGGCAGCCUCACCUACUCACCACACCAGAUCGGCAUCAAGCAGAUCCUGCCGCACCAGAUGACCACCGCGGGGCCUGUGCUGGGCGAGGGCCGGGGCUCGGAGGCCUUUUUCGACGCGCUGGACCACGUCAUCGACGUGCAGGGACACAUCAUCGGCAUGGGUCUGUCCCCCGACAACAGGUACCUGUACGUGAACAGUCGCGCCUGGCCCCGUGGCUCGGUGGUGGCCGACCCCAUGCAGCCACCCCCCAUUGCCGAGGAGAUCGACCUGCUGGUGUUCGACCUCAAGACCAUGCGGGAGGUGAAGCGGGCGCUGCGGGCCCACCGCGCCUACACGCCCAACGACGAGUGCUUCUUCAUCUUCCUGGACGUCAGCCGGGACUUCGUGGCCAGCGGGGCCGAGGACCGGCACGGCUACAUCUGGGACCGCCACUACAACAUUUGCCUGGCCAAGCUGCGGCACCAGGAUGUGGUCAACUCCGUGGUCUUUAGCCCCCAGGAGCAAGAGCUUCUGCUGACGGCCAGCGAUGACUCCACCAUCAAAGCCUGGCGCUCGCCACGCACUGUGCGCAUCCACCAGGCCCCGCGCCCGCGGCUGCGCCCCUUCUUCUCUUGGUUCGCCAGCCAGAGGCGCUGAGCUGGGCCACCCUGCGCAGGAGCGCCUGUUCGCCCGGAUCUGCGGGCCUGAGGACCCCGCAGAGGACACGGCCCCGCCCUGGGCCAGCGCUGAUUGGCAGAGGACACCGCUGGCGUAGUCUGCCCUAGGAGGGGGUCCGGCAGGGCUGCAGGGAGGGGACAGCCGGACCCACCUCGCUUGCACACGCACACGCCUCCCGCAGCCUGGCGCUGAGCAUGGCGGCCCGGGGCCUCCUGGCCGGCUUGGGGCCCACAGAACACGGGGCCUGCCCCUCCCCCACCCUGGGCCCCAGCCCCCAGCUGCUGGGGGGCCCUGGGAACUUGUGCGCACACCAGCAGGGGGGCAGGUGCACAGCGGCCCAGGUGAGCCGCAUGUCACUCAUCCGAUGUCAGGGCUUGAAUAAACCACCGGCAAAGCAGUCACAGCUGGUGUGUGCACGCGCCAGAGGGGGGUGUGGCCGCCGUAGUCCCCCAGCACCCACCUGGUGGGGUCCUCUGCCGCCCUUGCACCCCCCCUUCAGCAGAAGGCCACAGGACGGGCGGAGGCGGGGCGCAGGGCUCGGCAGGGUAGGCGGGCUGUCCCCUCAGGACAGUUGGGCCAGGAAGGUGCAGUCAGGUUACCCUGGGGCCAGCCUGAGGAGCGGGCGGCAGCCCGGCUGCUGGAGCCCCACAAACCCAUAAACGCUGGAGGACCGCGAGGAAUGCAGCUGGUCACCCCUUGGAACCAGACCCGCAAGCUCCAGGGAUGCUGCGGGGGCCCAGCCAUCUUCUGAAAAGGGCCUCGGAAGUAUUUCAAGUCACGAAGAAAGACUGAGAACAGGGUCAAGACGCGGGCGGGGCCCAGCGAACAGCUACUGGGGGCAAGAGUCAGGCCUGAACAGCUGCUAGGUCUGGGGCGCUAAGGGGGGGCGCUGGGUCCAGGUGAGGCUGGGGCACAGAGCAGCCGAGACCCUGGCCGGGACAGAGCUGGCAGGUGUCCACGUCACCUGGGCAAGCAGGACAAAGCCCAGCAGCAUAAGUGGCCACAGAAAGCACCACCUUGGCCCGACAGUCCGCACCGUAAAGUAGAGCCAGGCCUGUGGCCGAUGCGCUGGCAGUGGAAAUUCCAGGGUGUGGCCAGCAUGGGCACCACAAGGACAUGCAGGAUGGCCCAGAGGCGGACAGCUGAGCUCUGCCGCUGAGCUGAGGUGGGCAGCUGAGGCCCCUGCCCUCCCCAACCCACGCUGCUCACCUUCUCCCCUAGGGCUUCCUGCCUGUCCGGUCGGCGUCCACACGCCUCUUUAUAAGGACGGCCACACCAUGUUGGCCACCCAGCAACCCCAUCUUCACGGGCCAGCUCGGCUGGCUUGAGGAAUGUGGCUGGAGAGGCCUGUGCCCGUUGGUGCCACAUCUAAGUGGCCGGGCCAGGGCCUCGGGCGUGGACACAGCAGGCCAACCUCCACGGCCACCCCCGCUGCAGGCCGGUCCCCACGACAGACCCUGCUCUGAGCCAUCAAACCAGCCUCACGACAGGCAGGCCAGCGCCUGGCCCGGAGACAGCACAGCCCGACAGGCCCAGCGUCCCCACUGGGGGCCGCCGCAGAUGCCGCUCCCUCAAGGCAACAGGCACAAGUCCCUCCUCACAGGUCACCUGUUGCAAGAAAAACACUUUGCAAAGUAGCCAAUUUAAAAAUUGCCAGCCCAGCACCUCCCUGGGGGCACAGGGGCUGAAGACACCACUAUCAGGCUAUCGGCUGUGGCCGGCUGGGAGUGACCCACAGGGCGCAGCAGACCUCUCCUGCUCCCCUCAGCAGUGUGUUUCAGUCAGUCUGCCUGUGCUGCUCCCCGUUCCGUCUCUGGCGGAUCCUGUCACCCCCUACACCUCUGGCCUGGCCCCCGGCUCUUGUGUGCAUAAAUAAAAAUU